AUGGAAGCUUGUCACCCGCGACAGCAAUCCAAUGUCACUUCAUAUGGGGUCUUAACUGUGGCCAUCCUCACCCUGGAGGCAUUUCCUGGCAUGUGGAUAAAUGCUUUCAUCGUUUGUGUGCUUUGCAUUGCCUGGGUCAAAAAGAAAAUCCUGAAUUCUAAUGAGAAGAUCUUGCUGCUGCUGGGAUGCUCCAGGUUUUGGUAUUUGUGCACCACCUGGAUAUAUAAAUUCCUUUCCUUUAUUUAUCCCAAUUACCUUUAUGUUCCCACCAUACUUCAACUAGCUAUAUUUUUUCAAGCCUUUUUUAAUCAUUGCAACUUGUGGUUUUCAGCCUGUCUUUGUGGUUUUUAUUGUAUAAAAAUUGCCAAUUUCAGGAACAGCUUCUUCAUCUACCUGAAAGUAAAAAUUGACAGGAUGGUGCCAUGGCUCUUGUUGGGAUCAGGGAUUUUAGCUUUGGUUGUCGGCAUCGUUGCCUAUGACAUCGCUGAUAAACCGCACUGCAACAGCAAUUCCACAGGACGAGGAAAUUUUGGGGCAGCAAAUAUCAAAAUGGAUAAACAUUUUUUCCCUUCUUUUUUUCUCGCUGGCUUUGAAUAUGCUGCUUCAUUCAUGGCAGUCAUCUUUUCUGCUGUUUUCCUUCUCUUUUCUCUCUGGAGACACAAGCACAUGAUGCAGACCAACUCCAUGAAGGACCUCAGCAUGGAUGCCCACAUCAGAGCCAUGAAAUCUAUUUUCUCCUUCUUAGUGGUGUACAGCAUCAACUUUGUAUGUUUGGUCUUAGAUAUGGUUUAUGUCACAAAGAAGUUAAAUCGUAUGACAUUUCUCAUUUUAGUAUUUCAGUACAUUUUUCCGGGUCUUCACUCCCUUAUACUGGUUUUCAGCAAUCCCAAAUUAGAAAAGGCACUGCUAAAGAUUCUUCCCUUAGAAAGAAGUGUAAAACGCAAGGUUUGCAUGAGUUAG